AUGGUAGACAAUGGUAUAUUCGGUGCUGUUCGAACUGGUGCUUAUAUGCUGUACAUUUUGAUGACCAAAGGCCUGAAGCAGUCAGUGUGUGAUCAGAGUUUUUACAUUGGACCUGUCAGCAAAUUCUGGGCAUAUGCAUUUGUGCUAAGCAAAGCACCCGAACUAGGCGACACAAUAUUCAUUAUUCUUAGGAAACAGAAGCUCAUCUUCUUACACUGGUACCAUCACAUUACUGUGUUACUUUAUUCUUGGUAUUCCUACAAGGACAUGGUGGCUGGCGGUGGCUGGUUCAUGACCAUGAACUAUGGAGUACACGCCGUUAUGUACUCUUACUAUGCCUUGCGGGCUGCUGGCUUCAGAGUCUCACGCAAGUUUGCCAUGUUCAUCACCUUGUCGCAGAUCACUCAGAUGUUGAUCGGUUGCGUGAUCAAUUACCUGGUCUUCUCCUGGAUGCAGCAUGGCCAGUGCCAUUCCCACGUGCAGAACAUCAUCUGGUCUUCUCUCAUGUACCUCAGCUACUUUGUGCUCUUCUGCCAUUUUUUCUUUGAGGCCUAUAUUGGCAAAACCGGAAAAGAAAGGAAGGUUGACUAGUGGUAGAAACGAGAAGCCAUAGCUCAGGGUCAUCAAGAAAAACAAAAUUAUAAGAAAAGAAAAUGGCACAAGGAAACACAUAUACGUAUGGUGCAGCUAAAACUUGGCAGCUUAGGGAAAGUUAGCUUGGUUUAACCCAGUAAGUUUAUGAUCCUAUCAUGGUGAGAACUCACUGAAUUCUACUCUAUCUCAAAGGACUGCUGGUGAAAGACAACUUCCUUCUUGUACCUGUCUGCUCUAGAAAAGAAAGGAGAAAAGAAAGAAGAGGAGAAAAAGA